AUGAAGUUUGGAGUGCAAAACAGCAAUAUUCUCUUGUUGUUGCCAUUAUAUGCACUAUUUUUCUCAGGGUUUUGGCAUGCAUAUAUUAUUAAAUUACUAGUACGUUUUACAUUGCUUUUGAUUGCAGGUUUUGAAUCUAGGGUUUUAUAUGAUUACACCGCUACCAUUGAGUGUUCGGAAAAUCCCCACAAACCUCAGUAUGAUGGAGGGAUCAUCAUAAACCCGGAUUUGGAUCUUGGACUAGAAGGAUGGUCCAUAUUUGGAAACGCAAAAAUGGAACAUAGACAAGCAGGAGGCAACAAAUUCAUGGUGUGCCAUAGCAGAAAUCAACCACAUGACAGCAUCUCACAGAAGCUUUACCUGCGCAAUAACAUGCACUACACCCUCUCAGCCUGGUUCCAAGUGAGUGAAGGAGAAGUUCCAAUAUCUGUAUUUAUCAAAACAAUUAGUGGCUACAAAUUUGCUGGUGCUGUUCUUGCCCAGUCCAAAUGUUGGUCUAUGCUUAAAGGAGGCUUCACAGCGGAUGAGUCAGGCCCUGCUGAGCUCUAUUUUAAGAGCAAUCACACAUCAGUUGAAAUAUGGGUGGACAGCAUCUCAUUACAGCCAUUCACACAAGAAGAGUGGAACUCCCAUCAAGAUCAAAGCAUUGAGAAGAAACAUAAGAGAAGAGUGAUGAUGCAAGCAGUUGAUUCACAUGGCAAGCCCUUGACGAAUGCAAAAAUUUCCAUUGAGCAAAAGGUCUCAUCAAAGAUGCCAAUCGGAUGUGCAACAAACAAGAACAUUCUCAACAACAAUAAGUAUCAAGAUUGGUUCACUUCAAGAUUCGGUGUAACGACAUUUGAAAACGAAAUGAAGUGGUAUAUCACUGAACCUUCCCAAGGAAAGGAGGACUAUUCAGUAGCUGAUGCCAUGCUUCGAUUCAUGAAAAAACACGGCGUUGCAGUUCGUGGUCACAACAUCUUUUGGGAUGAUCCAAAAUAUCAACCUUAUUGGCUCAAUUCACUUUCACCACGGGCGUUUCUUUUAGCCGCUCAAAAUAGGGCAAAAUCCAUAGUUUCAAGAUAUAAAGGCCAACUAAUUGCUUGGGAUGUUAUUAACGAAAACUUGCAUUUUUCUUUCUUUGAAAACAAGAUGGGGGCUGAUGCAUCCGUAGAAGCUUUCAAGUAUGCUAUGGCAAAUGAUCCAUCAACUACAAUGUUUAUGAAUGAUUAUAACACAAUAGAGGAAAUGGGAGAUAAGGCAGCAUCUCCUGAUAAUUACCUUAACAAGCUAAGACAGAUCCAAAAUUCUCUCCGUAAUGGUGCACGUCUGGGUAUUGGACUCGAGGCUCAUUUCCGUGUACCAAACAUUCCAUACAUAAGAGCUUCCAUUGAUAAGCUUGCAGCAGCAGGCGUUCCAAUUUGGCUCACCGAAGUGGAUGUUGAAAAUGGCCCCAAACAGGCAUGGUACCUAGAGCAGGUGUUAAGAGAAGGACACAGUCACCCUAAUGUUGCUGGAAUAGUCAUUUGGGGUGCUUGGUCACCUCAAGGAUGUUACAGGAUGUGUUUAACUGACAAUAAUUUCAACAACUUGGCAACUGGGAAUGUUGUCGACAAACUAUUGCGUGAAUGGGGAAGAAGAAAGCUGCAAGCUACAACAGAUGAUAAUGGCUACUUUGAGACCUCCCUUUUCCAUGGAGAUUAUCUGGUGAAGGUUGAUCACCCAGAUAUAAAAAAUGCUUCCUUGGUUCACACCUUUGACGUCUUACCCUCAAGAAGUUCCUCAACGCUGCUUCUUCAAGAUUCUCCGUGAAAUAAAAUUGCUUUCUUUGAUCAAUUUAGGUCUGACGACUUAAAAGAGGUUUUAAGAAUAAUGUUGACAACUAUCUGUAAAGGUAGUGAAAUAAAGUGUGUAACUUUUAAUGGGUACACAAUACUGGUUAUCUGUUUACCGUUUUGGGAUAGGGCAAAUAUAUUUCCAGAUACAACAAAGUUUUAAGAUUUUUCAAGAGAUUCAGUAAAAAAUAUAAUAUAAAAAUAUCAAAGUGAUAGCAUAUA